AUGGUCUCAAAGGAAGAACGCAUUAAUGAAGCAAUGAGGGAACGAAUUUCCCAGUUAGAAGAAGAACUUAAAUUAUGCAAACACCAUCUUAGUGAAACAAUACGAAACAAGGAAGUCCUUGAGUGUGACAUAGAUGCGUUGCAAAAAGAAGCACAUGUGGUGGUUGCUCAAUGGGCUACUAAGGCCAACGAACUUAGCUCAGAACUAGAUAAGUCUGUUUCCGAAGUUGAAAAACUACGAGAUGAGUUGAAGCAUUCGGAGAAAGUCAAUGAUGAUCUUCGGCAGCGUUUAAAGGACGCAGAGGCUGUAGAUUCUUUACAUGAGGAGGAAUUACAUAUCUUAAAAAUGGCUAAUGAAAACCUUACUGAGAAGGUAUCUGCGGCUGAGAGAGAUUUUUGUUCUGCUUCGCAACGAAUAAUUCAGUACGAAGACCUUGUAAGCAAAAUGGAUUUGGAGAUGAAGCAAAGUAUUGAGGACAUCAAAACCCUAACUAAAGAGAAAUCACGGUUGAUUGAAGUGAAUGCGGAACUUCGGGAAGAAAAAGGAAAAUUAGAAUUACUGUAUUAUGAGGCAAGAGAUCUUUCUAAACGUCUUGAAGAAGAAUUAAUGAGCUCUCAAAAAUCGUUGUAUAGAUGCAAUUCUUUGAUUGUAUUUUUUGAAGAAGAGUCUUGCAGUCGAAAUAGAAUUGUUUUUGAAUGGCAAUCAUUUUUUCUUGAGUACAUUUCCUCUCAAGGAGAAAAAAACAAGAUAUGUUUACUGGAAUUGGAAAAAAAGGCAGAAGAUCUUCAACAAAACAAUAUUCUUCUACAAGAAGAAAAAGAUUCACUUGAGACACAACUUCGCGAGGCAAGUGCCGAGUUUUCUUCAAGUCAAAUUGAGUAUAAUACGACAAUUCAAGAGCUUCGCGAUCAAGUGCGUUUAUUAGAAAAUGAUGUAGCAGAACUUCAAGAUUCACAGGUAAAUCAAAACCGUAUCCUUGAAACGAUACAAGAAGAAUUUGAUAAGUCUGUUGCACGUUGUCGUGUACUUGAAUCUACUAAGGAAGAGUUGGAGACAGAGUUUAGAGCAGUGAAGGAGUGCUAUUCUUCCUUACUUCUUGAAUAUAACGAUGUCAGAGUAAAUGAACAGAAACGACUGCAUGAAUUAAAUGCGAAGAUAUCUUUAUUGACGGAUGAGAAAACCAUAAUAAGAAAUGAUUAUGAGACCCGUUUACAGGAGGUUUUAACUGAAAAUGCAUUAUUAUGUGAAAAUAUGGCCUCUACAAGACAUGAUAUUAUUUUUCAUUUAGAAUAUGAAGAACGAUUGAUGUUAGAGGUGAUGUUUUAUGAAGAAUGGUUGUCUUUGGUGCUUGAUCGCAACAGUAAAGUUUUGUCUUGGUCAUCUGGAAUUCAUGCGCAACUCCUUGCUGCAAUGAAAGAUAUUAAUUUGCUAGAGGAAAGUAUGAAUAAAAGGCAAACAGAAAAUGAUGAACUUCGAGAAGAGCUAGAAAAUACGAAAAAGGAGUUUGCUUCUGAGAAAAGUCAUCUGACAUUGUUGGAGUCAAAGGUGGAGCAAUUAACUUCAGAAUUGAAUACUUCAAGAAAAAAAUAUGAAGAGGUUCUCAAUGACAAUAAUUGGCUUAAAGAGCAGGUGGAAAGUAUGCGGAUAGAACUGGGAGAAUUGGAUGGGUUAUUAAACUCUAGUCUUAAUGAAAUGAGAGAAGAAAGCGAAAAACAGAAGUUGGAACAAGAGAGACUGAUUUCUGAAAUUCGCAGGUAUGAGGACUUAUUACAGCGCUCUCAGGAGAGGAUCGAUUCAUUAGAUGAGCGAUGCAGAAUUCUUGCCUCCGAAAACGAAGCAAUGACAAAAACCCUAAUACUUACAGAGGGAGAACUACAAGACCUGAAGGAGGAAAACAAAAAAAAAUUGCAGCGUGAUAGAAUGCUUACUGAGCAAAACAAAAAAUUAGAAUCAACUCUUUUGCAGAUGCAAAAGGAGUAUGCGAAUUCAGAUAACCAAAGUACUAUCUUAAAGGAACAGUUAAAAACCCAGGAAACCAAAAUUCAUAUUAUAAGUACAUCUGCACGUCAAGAGAUAGAGGCAAUGAAAAUAAAAUUAAACAGCUUUAUAGAGAAAUGUGAAAAGGCUGAUCAACGUGUUGCUAAUCUUUCAGAGUCUUUGCAGGAAUCUGAGAACAAUUUGGGCAACUUACGAGAAGCCUAUCAAAGGGCAAGGGUCGCUUUGGAAGAGGCCAAACAGCGAUGCUGCAAAGAUGCAGAAACUAUACAAAAACUGUUAGAGAACCGUGAGUCUUUGAUGCAGGAACGAGAUACCGUGGUACAAAAAUAUAAUCGCAUCCAUGAUAUACUUAAGGGAGUUAAGAAAGAGAAUUCAGGAAGAGUUACCGAUGAGAUACACAGAUUAUCUAAUCUCUGCUCCCAACAAGAAGUGGAACUUCAACAGCUUCGACACCAAAAUGUUGUCCUAAAACGAGGAAUUAUAAAGUUACCUGAAAAUACCGGAGAACAAUUGGAACGUCCAGUUUUUGUAGAACGCCUGAAUUUGAUGGAAGGCCCUAUUCGUCGACCUAAGAAGCGUCUUGUCCUGGGCUCUGAUACGAAGGCAAAUGAAUAG